AUGAUGCUCUUUAUAAUUCUACUAUGGAUGCGGACGGGACAGGCUCAACUCGACACAACACCCGCAAUUACCAAUCCGUUCACUACCGUAACCAGCAUACCCUCCACUUUGGCAAUGACGACGGCUUUUGGGGUCACGGAUGCAGCUACCACCGGAGCUACAACCCCAACAACAACCCGUAUCCCUCUCACUGGAGCUGCUGGGUACCCAUAUCCGCCGGGGAGCAAGAAUCUCAGGAUCGGGUUUAUUGCAACCGAAACCUCAUCCCGCGACAUUGGAUUAUCGACCUGUGGUGGAGCGGUGCCGUUCGCGAUGGACUACAUCGUCGAAAAUCAGCUGCUGAAUGACUACACUUUUGAGUUCGUGGUGAACUACACGGACUGUGACGAGCAAUCCGCGGCCGGGAUUACUGUAGAGAUGAUCACCGACCAUGACGUCGAUGUGAUCAUCGGACCGCCUUCCAUCAUUCCAUCGGCCAUGCUCACCGCGUUCUACUCUAAAAUACAAAUCGCCUGGGGCUACUCCACAGCUGCGAGACUGACUGAUGUGGUGCGAUUUCCGACGCUGACCAGUGUUACUGCGAAUACGUUACAAAUGGGCUACGGCCUACUCGCCUUCAUGAACCUCUACGGCUGGGGCCAAUUUGGCAUCAUGUACGUCGACGACCCGAGCGGAUUCUGUGAUUCUUUACUUACUGACGUGGACACAGCAGCUUCCAACCUCGACACCAACUUCACGCUCACCUACCAGGUGAAGCUGGCCUCGAUCUCGUACUCGGAUCUGAAGGCCGGGUUGACGAAGAUGAAGGCGAAGGCUAGAAUCAUCGUCAUGUGCCUCGAAGGCGUCACGAAGCGUCAGAUGCUUCUGGCAGCUUAUGACAAUAAUAUGACUACUCCCGACUACGUCUACAUCAUGAUGACGAUGAGGGGAACAGGGUUCGGUGUCCAAGCCACAGCAAAUUACACGACUGAAGUCUUGGAAAAUGGAUUCACGCCAAUCUGGGUUGACGUCAGCAACCAGCCACCGGAUGGCCGAGACGAUCAAGCGAAACAAGCGGCGACCAGGCUCUUGGUGAUCGACACCGCCAGCCUGGUCGCCAUCGGGACAGACCCGUUAACGUUCAAGCAAGAAGUGUUUAGUAGGGUAAAGGAAUGGCCAUUCUUCUGCGACACUAUGCAAUGCCAGCUUUUGUAUAAUGUGACGGGAGCGGGCAACUUCAUCUCCUACCUCUACGACGCCUUUCUAUUUUAUGCGUAUGCUAUGAACGCGACCCUGGCUCAGGAUCCGGUUGGCGGGCUGAGGAAUUGGACCCUAUUCAAUGAGCUGAAACUCGGGGUCGAGUUUACCGGCUGGUCCGGCGUCGUGGCGAUGACCCAAAACGGAAGCCGAAUUCCGCGGUUCUUCGUCACCGGAAUAGACGGGACCGGGACUCCGGUCAAUUUCGUGAAUUUGACCUAUGCCUUUGAUGGGGAGUUGAUGGACGCUACUGUACUUUACGACGACGCUGCCACUUCAAUAUGGGCAACCAGAAAUGGGAUUCAACCUACUGAUGAGCCAACUUGCGGCUUUUCCGGAAAAGCCUGUCCAAUAUCCAUGUGGGCCCAAAGUGGCGGUUAUAUCAUCGCAGCCAUUGUAGUGGCUGUAUUACUUGUCAUAAUAUUGAUUUUAAUCGCCAUCUACGCAGUACGG